GCUAAUGCCUUUGAUUCAGUAACAGUUCAUUGAGGGUGCUCUCCUGCAACAGGACGGGGAACAUUUCUCCAACUUCAUGUCCAGAGUCGACUUAAUAUCUCUCUUUGCCAAAUACAACAGCACCUUAUUUCAACGGCUUUAUUUUCAUGCAGUGCAUAUUUAGCGCAUUUAAUUUUCCUAAAUUAUAAAAAUUCUUGCUCUUUAGUCAUACUGGAUUCGCAACAAGAACACAAGUUGACCAUUUCUCCUGUAAAGGUGUGUCCAACUUAAUGAGCCUCCUGUGUUCUAGUGCCACCAUGAAGGAUCGUGACACUCUCUCUCUCCUGCACUACUCUGGUUCAGGCAAGACGAGCCCUCAGAUCCCCUCCGCUGCCCUCCAUCCCAGCUCCCCCGUGUUGGGAAAACCCCAGCCUUUCUGCCUGCAGUCUGGCCAGCAUCUCAUAGCCUCCAUGCAGCUCCAGAAACUCAACAGCCACUAUCAGAAUCUGUCCUCUGCAGCUACCACUGGACCCGGUAGAGGGUACGGAGCCACCAUGCUAGGCCCAGGACAGGUCACCACGCCUGGGGUGGCACAGGCACCUGGGAUCAUUGAUUCUGAUCCGGUCGAUGAGGAAGUUCUUAUGUCGCUUGUUGUGGAGCUGGGUUUGGACCGUGCCAAUGAGCUUCCAGAGCUAUGGCUGGGUCAGACCGAGUUUGACUUCAUCGCGGAUGUGCCAGCUCGCUGCUGACCCUCUCAGGUGCUACAAAAUCUACCAAAUCAAAGCGCCCAAUGAAUGGCAAUUUAACAUGGCAAUGAAAAGAAAAUUGAUCUCUCAGAUAUGAACUGUCAAGAGCUGUUAUUUAUGGUUUUGGAGGGCAGACUAAUGUAGGUUUGCUCUUAUGCGAGCUAUAGACUUUCAAAAGAAUUUAAAAAGUCUUCAGAAGUCAGAGGACUUGGCACGCAAACCAAAAUGGCCAUCCUUAAGACUUUUCACCCUGCCUUCCAGGCAUCUAUUUUUCCAAAGCUCAUUCACACCCUUAUAAAAUUCACAUCAUGAUAUGUGGAGUGGAUUUGAAAGGUCACCUCAUUGUGAGGUUGGUGCAAGAACAGAUAUACAGCAAAUAUGGUUUGUAGAGAACAAAGGCUUUCGGCUACCCUUGCCUGCCUGCUGCCGGUCGGUCUGACUUCCAGCCCCUAUUUGGACUAACAGACGGAUGGUAUUACAAGUGUGUAAUGGAAGGUGAUCGUGAAAUUGGUGCGCUCAGCUGAGCCCCUCCAUCAUUCAAGAGAUUCCCUCGAGAAGCCGUGUCAUCGCAAGCUUCGCUGGUCUCAGAGGAACUCGACCUGGCCGAACGUUUUCCAUGGUUAAAUAUAUUAAUGAGACGUGUCUGUUUACCCCACAAUUCAGCCUGCAUGGUCUGAUAGCCUUAUUUUUGUAUUUUAGUUUGUUUGUCUAGAGAUGAUUGAUUCAUGCACUUAAAAAGGUCAAUGUUAAUUAAAAAAAAAGAAUAUUGCCU